AUGACGGGUCAGGCCCUGAGGGAACCUGGUGGCAGGGCUCCCGCAGGGGACAGUGCCGCUAUCCGCAUCAACGUGGGUGGCUUCAAGAAGCGUCUCCACACAGACACGCUGUCUCGGUUUCCGGAGACACGACUGGCGCGUCUUCUCCAAUGCCGCUCCAAGGAAUCCAUAUUGGAGCUGUGCGACGACUAUGAUGACGCAGAAAAAGAGUUUUACUUUGACAGGAACCCCACACUUUUCCCCUACGUGUUGAAUUUCUACAACACGGGCCGGCUGCAUGUCAUGGCCGAGCUGUGCAUCUUCUCUUUCAGCCAGGAGAUCGAGUACUGGGGUAUUAACGAGUUCUUUCUCGACUCCUGCUGCAGUGGCUCCUACCACUGUCGGAAAAUGAAUCAAGACCGGGAAGAGUGGGAGGACAGGAGUGAUGAAGGAAGCACCACUUCCUCGUUUGACGAGCUGUUGGAGUUCUACAAUGACGCCACUAAAUUUGACAAGCAGCCGCUGGGGAGCAUCCGCAGGCGCAUUUGGUUGAUAUUGGACAACCCAGGCUACUCUGUGGCCAGCCGCGUGAUCAGCAUCUUCUCCAUCCUGGUGGUGCUUGGCUCCAUCGCCACUAUGUGCAUGAACAGCAUGAGUGAGUUCAGCCUCUUAGACGCCGAGGGGCAGCCCAAGGAAGACCUGCGCUUUGAGAUCGUGGAACACUUGGGCAUCGCAUGGUUCACACUAGAACUGCUGGCCAGGUUCGCAGUGGCCCCGGACCUUGUGCACUUCUUCGAGCUCCCGUUGAACGUGAUCGACUUGGUGUCCAUACUUCCCUUUUACUUGACGCUCGUCAUCAACCUGGUGGUGGAGAGCAGCCCGGCGUUGGCCAACCUAGGCCGUGUUGCUCAAGUGUUGAGGCUCAUGAGGAUUUUCCGGAUUCUGAAGCUGGCGCGCCACUCGACCGGGCUGCGCUCCCUGGGGGCCACCUUGAGAAACAGCUACAAGGAGGUUGGCCUGCUGCUUCUGUAUCUCGCGGUCGGAGUGUCUUUCUUCUCUGUCAUGGCGUACACAGUCGAGAAAGAAGACAGCGAGGACCUGUCCACCAUCCCAGCGUGCUGGUGGUGGGCCACGGUGAGCAUGACCACCGUGGGCUACGGAGACGUGGUACCCUUGUCAAUUGCGGGCAAGCUGACAGCCUCGGCCUGCAUUCUGGCGGGAAUCUUAGUCGUAGUGCUUCCAAUCACACUCAUUUUUAAUAAAUUCUCCCUGUUUUACAAGAGACAAAAACAACUGGAGAUCGCAAUGCGAAGCUGUGACUUUGACGAAGGUAUUAAAGAGGUCCCCUCUGUCAAUUUGAGGAACUAUUAUGCGCACAAAGUCAAGUCUCUUAUGGCCAGCUUGUCAAACAUGAGCCGGAGUUCACCCAGUGAGCACAGUCUGAAUGAGUCAAUACACUGAGGGUGGUCUUUUGGGCAGUGGCCCGCGUACCGAAGCAUCUGGCUUUAAAGCUCUAUCAACUUCCAUCAUGUGGGACACAGGGUUGUGGGAAAUUAGAAACACUUUCCAUGACAAGUUGGAUGGGUUUUGCAAUUGUAGAGUGAUGAACUGGAAAUUUGGGGUACUGAUCAUGAAUUUCAUGCAGUUAUAACAAAGAAUGUUUUGUUUUAGAUGUUUUCUUUAUUUGAUGCUUUAUAGAAAAUUGCACUGUUAUUGCAGCUCAUAUGUUAACCAGCCC